AUGGACAGUGGAGAUGAAUUUUUCUUCCACCACUUUAUUUAUUCAUUGGACGAUUCGUCCUCGGAUGACGAAGAUCUUGUGGCGGCUGCACUGGUCGUUCACGACCACAUUGAACGGCAGCUUCCUCGAUACAGGGUGUCAGUCCCUGGCCGUGCUCCCAACCUGAACAGCAACACAGAGAGAGGCCACUCCCUGCUCUAUGUCGAUUACUUUGCGAACACCCCGCUCUUCAAGCCGGAUAAAUUCCAUCGCCGUUUUCGUAUGGCAAGGCAUCUGUUCAAUCGUAUCCAAGAGGGAGUGGUUGCUCAUGACCCAUACUUCGAGUGCAAGACGGAUGCCCUUGGCAAGCUUGGAUUCUCCUCUUACCAGAAAUGCACCGCCGCCAUCCGCAUGCUUGCAUAUGGAAUUCCAGACGAUCUGGUGGAUGAGUAUGUGCGUAUGAGUGAGUCAACAUGUCUGCUGUUACUGUACAACUUCUGCAAGGCCGUGGCGGCAGUGUUUGGCCCUGAGUACUUGAGGCAGCCAAAUGCCACUGAUACAAAAAGGUUGUUGGCGACCAACGGCCUGUACAAGGGGCAUGUUAAAGCUUACACUGUCAUAUUAGAAGCGGUGGCUUCGCAGGAUCUUUGGAUAUGGCAUUCUUUCUUCGGCAUGGCAGGUUCUCACAAUGAUAUCAACGUGCUGCAACGUUCUCCAGUCUUCGCAUGGCUUGAAGAAGGCCACUCCCCACCUGUCAACUUUGAGAUCAACGGUCACCAGUACAACAAGUGA